CUUCCUGCAGAGGUGGUCGAAUAGCCCACGUGAAUGCAUACUUGGUUGUAGCCAGCUCACAUGAGUGACUUGCAAGCUCCAACGACUUCAACUCAACAACACCCAUCCUGGUGAGCUGCGAGAAUCGACAAGGUUCGAGAAGUACCAGACGAAAUCAGACGUCACUGCCUUUCUUUUUUAUUCUCUGUACAUUACCUUAAAGUAAAGAGCUGCCACGACCAUACACAUCGGCGCCCAACGCUCACUUGGUUCUCACAACCUUCUUCCCCGCAUUGCUCACCACAACGCAACCACAAUCAUGUCCUUUGCACCGGCCGCUCCGUGGGACCGAAUCCGCGCUUGGAUCGACGAAAAAGAGAGAGAGGAGCGGACAUUCAUCAGGCCCGCGAGGCUAACGCAGCGCGAGCUCACGGCCAUCAGCAACCUGGUCCCCUUGAUUGAGGAGCCGGACGUGAGCGGCAAGGACUAUGUCAGCGCCUUGCAUUGUGCCGCGCAGAUUGGACAAUGCUUCAUGCCCACGUUUGAGGAUGAGUCGGUUACCCUCACGGUGAAUGGGAUCGUCGAAGCGAAAUGGCGAUGCUACUGCAACAUAGGACCGCAAGGUACCUUUCCAAGGCAAGGAUUCGGGCUGGAUGAAACAGGCGGGGCGCCCAUCUUUGCGACAAAGAAGAACGCAAAGCAAUACGCCGCUCAGCAGGCGCUGGCCUUCAUGUCCAACGGAGCUCCCACCACUUCCACUGCUGCUGCGUCCUUGCCCAAACGCUCAGAACGAUCGCAAGCAGCAUCGCCAAGCCUGUCACAGGUCAAGAAGACCAGAACAGACGCAGGCCCGACCGAAGCAGCGCAAGCCGUGGCUGCGCCGGCGGACGAGACGAGUGGCUUGUCCGUCUACGAAAGAGUGGUCUACCUGUCAAACAAACUCGGUCUCCAUCCACCCACUUACGAAACGCCUCCCUUGCUCGGCAUGCCCAACUUCUUCUCGGGCAGGACGGUCUUCCCAUCCGGCGCGGACGGUCGCAUCCCCGACAAGGUCCUCGUCGUCAACGGCGUGCUGGGCAAGCAGCAGGCCAAGGACCAGCUCGCGCGCCAGGUGUGUGACUGGAUGGAGAGGGAAGUCCAGGAGCGACAGAAGCUAGCAAAAACCCUCUUACCACAAUGAGGGACACUGGUAGUAGGAUAAGUAGUUAAUGUAUAGUACUUAGGAGCCCCUACUGCCUCUACCUCC